AACCCAAAACCCUAGCUAGUCCAACGUACCACAACGGUGCCACCCCUCUCUCUCUCUCUCUCACACACACAUACACACACACACACAUACACACACACAAAGUUUAGGGUUUCAUAUUCAUUCAUACUAUCCUCAAAACCAAUUUCAGGGUUUUUCAAAUCCUUUGCCACACAAUACAUUGUUAGGUUUUCGAUUCCUUCUCUUCUCAAUUCGUUAACUCACAAACAGAUUUUUUGAAACAACAAUGGCUGACGUGGUGCAAUACCGGCUGGAGCGAAUGGUGAACGAGCUCGACGACUUCGAGCGGCGCGGCCUCUUCACGCGCCGAGAGAUCGCCGAGAUCGUCAAGCAGCGCCGCAAGUACGAGUACCGCCUGAAACGGCCUAGCCCGCUCAAGCAGGACUAUCUGGCUUACAUCGAGUACGAGACUCAGCUCGACUUGCUCCGCCGACUCAGGAAGAAGUCGGUGGCGCGUGAGCUUAAAGAAAAGGGAAACAUGAAGAUGAAGCAGUACCAUUCGGACUUCGCCGGCGUCACUAGGAUCGUCGAGAUUUUUCGCCUCGCUGUUACAAGGUUUAAAGGCGAUAUCGAUUUGUGGUUUCGGUACCUUGAGUUUUGUAGGCUAAAAAGGAAUGGAAGAAUGAAAAAGGUAUUGGCCCAGGUAAUUAGGUUCCAUCCAAAGGUCCCAGGAGUUUGGAUAUAUGCUGCAGCUUGGGAAUUUGACCAUAACUUAAAUGUUGCAGCUGCCCGUGCUCUCAUGCAGAGUGGUUUGAGAGUCUGUCCAACUUCAGAAGACCUUUGGGUAGAGUAUCUUCGGAUGGAACUUACUUACCUUAAUAAGUUAAAGGCCCGGAAGGUUGCACUUGGGGAGGAUGAGGGAACUCUGGUCCGUGAUACUAGACUUGCUGAUGAAAAAGAAUGGAGAGAAGAAAACAAGGAUUUAUUUAUGUCCCUUAAAGAUGAAGAAGAAAAUAAUGAUGGAGCAAAUGUUGAAAAUGAAGGGUUAAAGAUGAAAGUAGAUUUGUUUCGGCAGCAAGGUUUGAGCGUUUUAGAAACUAUUUAUAGUGCAGCAGUCAAAGCGCUCCCUUCUAGUUUUAGCCUGAGAAAGCGGUUGUUUGAGAUAUUGGAAGCAACAGACCUAGCACAUUCUGAAGAAAAGCGUGAGGAGAUGCUAAAUGACAUGAAGAGAGAUUUUUCAACAGAACCAGAAUAUUGGGACUGGCUUGCAAAACUUGAAAUUGUUGGUCCUAAAAGUACACAAGGCAUGAGUGAACAAAAAAUUGUGCUUUCUCAGGUGCAAAAAACAAUUCAGGUUUAUGAGGAGGCUUUAAAUAUUGUACCUUCAGCCAUGAUGUUUAAUCUGUAUGCAAAGUUUUUGAUGGGUAUUAUUGCUCCCCCAGAACAAGAAAACCAAAAUUCUUUGUUGCCCAGUCAUAAUGUAAAUUAUACUUCGCGCCUUUUGAUGGUAUAUGAGAAGGCUGAAAAAAUGGGUUACAUUACAGAGGACCUUGCUUGCCAACAUAUUUCAUUUUAUUUGCAAUUGGGACAAUUGGAUGAAGCCAGGAAACUGGCAGAAAAGCUUUGCAGUGGAAAACUAUCAGAUUCAGCACAGUUAUGGCUAUUAAGGGUCUCAAUAGAAAUUAGAUGCAUUAUGAAGGAUUCUUCUUCUCCAAGUAAAGCUGAUCUACAAUCCAUCUUUGAACUUCUAACAAAAAUUCUGCCGAAAGUGUCCAUCUCGAAAGCUGAAAGCUUGUGGCUAAUGGCCCUCAAGUUCUUUGCAAAUCAGAAGCGUUUUUUUGACAAGCUGGUAGAGAUUUCUCUUGCUUCAUUAGCUAGAGAUGGUGGCAGUGAAAAUGGCUUUUCCCUCUCUUCUGCUAUCGUUAAUUUUGUUCUUCAAAAGGAUGGAGUUCAGCAUGCAAGAGAGAUGUAUAAGCAAUUUCUUGCUUUGCCGCAUCCUGGUAUUGCUAUAUACAAAAAUUGCAUUGAAUUGGAAUCAAAUCUUUCUUCUGUUGGUGAUAAAGAUGGCAUUGUAAAUGCCCGCAAGUUAUAUGAAUCUGCACUUGCUACUUACGGCCAAAAUGUGAGCUUGUGGCAAGAUUACUAUUCAAUGGAGGCUAAGAUGGGAACAUCAGAAACAGCAACUGCUGUCCAUUGGCGUGCGCGGAAGACCCUAAAAGACUCAACUGCGCUCAUUGCACCUCUCAAUUUAUGAUUAUUUCUGUAUAUGCCAUCCAAAACUCAAUUUUGACCUCUUCCUUUUUUUGAAUGUAUUUUAAGAGAAACAGAUAAAUAGGACUACUUAUAGUUCAUUGCGUAACAAGUAACAACAAAAGUGAGCAAAUUUAAUUUUCAUUUUUGCUUUGUCAA